AUGGAAUUCCUUCUUUGCUGUCUCGACUUCUUAAGCAUACAAAUAUCCAGUGAACAAAAAUCGGACGAAAAGUAUAACAAAACGUUAGCAGAUGAAUUUUACACCGCACAGUCUAAAAUGCUUGCUUAUCUAAGCAUAAUGGGGAAAAUACGCGAGUUUAUGGAGCAGAUACUGGCAAACGGCGACAGAUUCAUUAAUGGGGUUCUUAGCCUUUUGGAACAAUGUCCAGCCGAGUUGAUCGUCGUUAGAAAAGAUGUCUUGAUCACACUCAAGUUCUUUUUCAUCUCUGAUCUUCGUCCAAAAUUUAUUCAACUUCUACCUCGCUUGCUAUCCGAAGUAGCCCUUAUCGGUUCUGGAUACACAGCUGUGGAUCACCUCAGAGGUUAUUUUUACCAAACUAUGGCUGAUUUUCUUCAUCAUGUGCGUGCUUCUCUGUCUUUUGACAUGCUUGCGCACGUUGCUUUCGUAUUCUGCCGAGAAAUGCACGAUAAUUUACUGCCUUACCAGAUACAAGUAAUAUGUGCUAGAAUGUUGAGCAGUGUACUGGAAGGUUUGUCCAAACAUGCGAAAGAAGGAGAAGCGACUCGUGACCUAAUUCUAAUGAUUUUGGAGAGUCUUGUUGUAAAAUUGAAAAUGAUAGCUGUCUAUCAUCUGCCAUUGCUAUUCAAGCAAUAUGCUGCAGAGAUAAAUUACGACUACAAAUCCUGCGAUCGAGAUGGGUCUGAUACUUUGGAAAACGAUAAGACCUCAAAUGACGUUAUCCGUGAGGAAGUUCGCAGGUGCUCAAUCGAUACUGCUCCUGAAAUGGAGAUAGGACCCGCGGAUCUACCACAACCUCCAGCUCCGGUAAUACCGGUUCCGAAGGAUAGCGGUCAUAGGCAGUCAAGCCCCAGCACUAUUCUAACUCAGAUGUACACCAUGAAUGCUCCACCAAUACCUCUAACUGAGGCUCGAACUAUUGUAAAAUUCAUACUGUUGGCCUGCAAAAUGGGAACAACUGCUCUUGCUGGAGCUAACAGAAGCUCGCGUGAGUAA